UCUUCCUCUGUGUGUGUGUGUGUGUGUCUCUCUCUCUCUCUCUCUCUCUCUCUCUGUGAUUGUCGAGUGUCAGGUGAAAGACCGCUCCGCGCCCUCAGGCGACCGUUCAGUAUUGUUCCCGUUGCUGAAAGAAAUGGAGAUGGGUUGGUGGGGAGGGACUGAAGAAGAGACUCGCAUUCUCAUUUCGCCCGCGGAAACUCGUGCUGGGCACUUUCUAUCUCUUCGUCAUCCCAAAACUGGAAAAGGAGCUUGCUAUCUCUUGGCCAAUGAAAAGCUCCAUGAACUCCAUUGGUUCAAAUUACCGUAUGGAUCUUGGUUUUUGGGGGAUUAUGUUUGUAGAGAUGGAUCCCUCUAUUAUGCAACUCCUGUCGAUCUUGUUUUCAUCUUGUUGCCAAUAUUUGACGAAGCCAGGAUGAAGAAGGGAGAAGAUUCUGGAAAAUUUAGGCAGUUGGAUGAGAUACUAUUUGUAAAUGGCUAUCCUGAGUACCGGCGCUUAUUGCCCAUUGCAGAGAAAUACAUGCAAGUAGUUUGUGAAGUUAGAGAAAUUGGAUCGUCAAAGUUUUUCCGGCUUGAUGACUCUAAGCUUCUGGCUUGGUUAUUGUAUAAGGCGCAUCAACUGAAAAACACGAUUCCGACUCUGGGUGACAACUAUGCUGCUCGAACAGAAAAUGAGACAUUAACCGACGCAGUUUCAAUCAUUGGGGAUUACUUGAAGGAUGAGCCGUGGUUGAAGUGUUUGUGUGAUAAUCUCAAGGUAAAUUUACCAGAGGGGCCAAAACAGACAGCAGACAACAGAAUCCUUUUAGCUGCUAUAGAUAAUGGUUUAUGUUCCCCUAUCGUCUCGCAGGACAAGAACGGGACUGAGAAAAGAGCAGCAAAACCUGGGAAGCAAGCUAAGAAGGCGAAAGUGGAGACAGAGUCUAAGAACAUAAGGGACAUGUUCACCCGAGCUUCAAGAAGACGUGGCUGAGAGCCCCGUGAACACUGGUUGGGAGAUCAGCAGGACUGGUCAGAUACAGGAUCUCUCUAUGCUCACCAAAUUGGAUUACUUCAUCUAAAUCCAAAUUUAGUUCAACUGUAGAGACCAGAAUGAAUUCCUGGCAGCAGUUCCCUGUCCGUUAAUGGUGGUAAUGUAUGAUGUUGUAGUGACAUGGUUGACAGCCUAUUCGGGGCGUUCAUUGAACAGACUUGAUUGUAUAAUUGGGUGAAAUUAACUAUAAAAUCACAAGAUUUCACCUGCA